AUGCCGGGUCCGUCGCCCGGCGGCUCCCCGGAGAGGGAAACAGGGGCCGGCGGGCGGCCGCGGGGGCCUGGCCGGGACCGGCGGGUGCGGUUCCGGCUGCCUCACACCGCCAUCGUGGUGCCGUCGGUGCGCGAGGAGGAGCAGCUCUUCUACCGGCGGCUGGAGGCUCUGGCAGUGCCGGGGCCCGGCGGCUUCGGGCCGCUCUUCGCUUCCGACGGUUGGAGCGACUUGACGGAGGACCGGCUGCUGCGGAAGCGCGUGGUGCGAGCCGGGCCGGGCGGGCCGCGGCCGUUGCCGGGCCAGGAGGUUUCGGUGAAGGUUCUGGGCGCGCUGGAGGACGGCGGGCUGGUGGAGCGGGACCCACGGCUCAUCUUCGUGCCAGGUCACGGGGACGUCGUGCAGGCUCUGGAGCUGGGCGUCCCGACCAUGCAGCCCGGGGAGGUUUCCUUCUUCCUCGCCGCUUUCCCCUACGCCUACGGCCGCCCGGGCAGGGAGCCCGACGUCCCGCCCGAGGCGCCGCUGCUGUUCGAGGUGACGCUGCUAGAGGUGCGGGACGGCCCCGACCCGCAACCGCUGCCGCCCGCCGUCCGCCUGCGCCUGGGCUCGCAGCGCCGGGAGCGGGGCAACUUCCACUUCGCGCGGGGUGACUUCGCCGCGGCGCUGCGAUCGUACCGGCUGUCCCUGCGCGCCCUGGACGGCCCCGCCGCCGCUCCGCCCGGGCCCGAGGAGGAAGAGGAGCUGCAGGAGCAGCGCGUGAAGUGCCUCAACAACUGCGCGGCUGCCGAGCUGAAGCUGGGGCGGGCAGAGGAGGCGCUGGCGGCCUGCGAGGCGGCCCUGCGGAUCUGCCCCGACAACGGUCGGGCGUUGCUCCGGCGCGGGCAGCUGCUGGCAGAGCAGGGCCGGGACGCAGAGGCGGCGCUCGUCCUGAGGAGAGCCCUGGAGCUAGACCCAGCCAGCAAGGUGAUCCACACCGAGCUCUCACGGCUGGCGAAGCGCCAGAACCCUCCAUCCAGCACCGGUCCGCAGAAUCCACGCCACGACCCGACGCCACCGCCGAGCUCCGCAUCCGCCGCACCCCCCUCGGCAGAAGGAGCGAUCUGAGCGGCCUCGUAGCACCCCAGAGCCUGACUAAGGAGAUAGAAGAGCUCUCGUACCAUCCUCCCCACAUCGCCCCACACUCCCUGGGGCGGAGAAGAAACCUGU